ACUUGUGCAGUCUGCGGGGCCGACCAGGGAUGAACGUUUCGUAUUUGAAAGUCUAGUUGCUAUAACCCACGUUGGAGUAGACGUCAAGAUGGACAAAAAGUCCUUUGAAACGGUGCUGGAUGAAAUUCGAAAGGCUGUUUUGACGGAAUAUAAAUUAAAAGCAAUUGAAUAUGUUCAUGGAUACUUCUCUAGUGAACAGGUGGUUGACCUCCUGAGAUAUUUUUCCUGGGCAGAGCCUCAGCUGAAAGCCAUGAAAGCUUUACAACAUAAAAUGGUGGCUGUCCACCCAGCAGAAGUGGUCAACAUCCUCAACUGCUUCACCUUCAGUAAAGACAAGCUGGUGGCUCUGGAACUCUUGGCUUCAAACAUUGUUGAUGCACAGAAUUCUCGUCCCAUUGAAGAUUUAUUCAGGAUCAACAUGUCUGAGAAGAAACGGUGCAAGAGAGUCCUCGAGCAGGCUUUCAAGGGGGGCUGCAAAGCUCCUCAUGCCAUGAUAUCUUCCUGUGGAACCAUUCCCGGAAAUCCCUACCCCAAAGGAAAACCAAGUCGCAUAAAUGGAAUUUUUCCUGGAACCCCACUGAAAAAGGACAGUGAAGAAUGCACCAGUGAAGGCAAAGGAAUCGCUGCGCGGAUUCUUGGACCGUCCAAACCACCUCCUUCAACGUACAAUCCACACAAGCCUGUUCCUUACCCAAUACCUCCGUGCCGGCCACAUGCAACUAUUGCACCAAGUGCUUAUAACAAUGCAGGUCUGGUACCGUUAGCCAGUGUGAUAGCUCCAGGUGUACCUCCUCCACCUCCAUACACUCCAAAUCCAGUAGGAACAGAAAAUGAAGACCUCUCCACGCAGUCAAAACCUACACAGAGUCAAACAUUUUCCACCCCAGCAAAUCAACUCUUUUCUCCUCAUGGUUCUAAUCCUUCAACACCUGCUGUAACUCCUGCCCCUGCUGCAUCCCCAGUCAAGGCAGUAAACCAUUCAUCAGCAUCAGCUGCUGCCACCGGCUCUGGAAUGAGUGCACCCAACACUGCCCUUCCCGUGUUCCCAGGGCAGGUGUCCUCGACUCUCCCUACGCCUCAGCCAUCCACAGCAAACCCAACAGUGAUCCGGACCCUCCCAGUGCCCCCUGUACCUGUUACUUCUGUUCACUGCACAACAGCUACACCUGUCCCUUCCAUUUUUUCUGGCCUAGUGCUACAGCCAGGGCCUUCUGCCACUCCUACGCCAUCCCCCCAGGCCCCCUCCACUCCCAGGGCCACUCUCCCUUCCAGUGAAACAUUUGCUGCUUCUGCCCCAUUCACUAGCCACUCCACCAGCUCUAUGGCUGCUGCUGCCAACAACCCAAGUUCUGCUCCCUUGUCAUCCAUCUUUGCAGGCCUGCCUUUGCCCUUCUCAGCUGCAUCCCAUCGUGUGGCCACCCCUACCCCCUCUGUCAUUGCUAGUGCUGCAAGUGCACAUGGUGUGAACAGUCCUCUUCUGUCUGCCUUAAAAGGCUUUCUCACAUCAAAUGAUACCCAUUUGGUCAAUUCCACUGCUUUGUCGUCUCCGGUCACAAGUGGGCUGGCUUCAUUGUCCUCUCUUAGCAAUCAGACCUCAGAUUCUCCUGCCUCAGCCCCUAGCAAGGGCUAUGCCCCGCUGCCCGUUCCUGCGGCGCAAGGAUCUUCCACCCCAGGGCUGGCCAUAUUCCCCGGCCUGCAGUCUUCAGUGGCCAGCACCACCCCUGCAGCCACCCUGCCUGCCCAGGCCCCGUUAGUUACACCUGCGACUGCGGCUGCAGUGCCGGUUAGUGGUGGCCCCUCAGCCGUGCUGUUGCAGGGACCCCACGCAGGUACCAUCCCAUCUGCCCCUGCCACAACCACUGUGCCCAUCAUGAUCAAAACGGAGCCCACGAGCCCUACCCCCUCCGCCUUCAAAGGCCCAUCUCACUCCGGAAAUCCGGCUCAUGGCACUUUAGGGCUGUCGGGCUCGCUGGGUCGUGCAUACCCCCCGAGCUCGGUGCCCAUCAGUUUAUCCACUUGCCUUAACCCUGCGCUGUCGGGGCUCUCCAGCCUGAGUGCCCCGCUAGCCAGCUCUAACCCCCUCUCCUCCAUGUCCCUCCCACCGCAUGCCUCCCCCACUCCCAUUGGCCCAGUGUUUUCCGCUCUGCCCCCCUUCACUUCUCUGACCAACAGUUUUCCCCUCCCUGGCAGCCCGUCCCUUAAUCCCUCCGUGUCCCUCCCCGGGCAGGGGCCCACCACGACGGUCGCGGUGCACCCCAGCUCCACCGCAGCUGCACGCUCAGGGCUGGCGGCCUCGGUCGCCUCGGCAGCGCCCUUCCCCCUCAACCUGUCCACUGCUGUGCCCUCGCUGUUCUCCUCCAACCCCUCCUACCCCGGCUUCUCGGUGGCCAAUGCCCCAACCGUUGCCCCCGCGCUGCCCUCCUUCCCAGGGCUGCAGGCGCCCUCCACGGUGGCCGUCACCCCGCUGCCGGUCGCUGCCACGGCCCCGUCACCGGCUCCUGUCCUCCCCGGAUUUGCUUCAGCCUUUAGUUCCAAUUUCAACUCCGCCCUUGUCGCACAAGCCGGUUUAUCAUCUGGACUUCAAGCUGCAGGCAGUUCUGUUUUUCCAGGUCUUCUGUCCCUCCCUGGUAUCCCCGGGUUUUCCCAGAAUCCUUCCCAGUCAUCCUUGCAAGAAUUACAGCAUAGUGCAGCAGCACAGUCGGCCCUGUUACAACAGGUCCAUUCAGCGUCAGGUCUGGAGAACUACCCAGCUCAGCCAGAUGGGUUUCCUAGCUACCCUUCCACACCAGGAACCCCAUUUUCUUUACAGCCAGGCCUAUCCCAAAGUGGAUGGCAGUGAAUUUAACUUCUUUUCCCUUGGGAGCAACAUGAGAUUUGCCUGAGAACUGCAGUGAACAAUCUGACAAGUGAAAUUGGCCAAUAGUCUGAAAAUGAGAAUACGCUUAGGAAAAAUGGGAUGAGAGUCUGAAAUUCUAAUUGCAUUUCCCGCUCCUGUAUGUAAAUACACUGACAAUAAAUUGUAUGAAGAAUAGUAUUUAAAAAGUAUUUGGGGACUUUUCACCUCCCAUCCUAUAAAGUUUUGAAUUAUGUGUGUGAUCUACAUAGACUAUUGAAGAGGAGACAGAAUUCUUUAUGCCGAAUACAGCCUUAAAUCUGCUUGUAUAGCAUCCACAGACAGAGUGAUAGUUGUGCCUCAGACGACGGGUUGCACGUGGCCCUGGGGGAGUUGCUACUCUUCAUAUGCAUGAGUGGUUCCGGUUAGCAUCAGCUGGGACAUGGUACUCCAUAUGUAUCCACAGAAGGGAACUUGAGACCCACUGUUAUUUUUAAUCUGUUAAUAAUCACAUACUGCUGAAUUUAACUUGAUAUGUUUCAGGUAAGUGAAAAUGGUGCUUAAUGUAGUCUUUAGAAUGACUUUCAGGU